UACUUUUAUUUACGGAGCAGACGAAAACUGUUCCAUAUAAAACUGAUCAGUCAGAUUUGAAAAUAAGAACUAUCUUUAAGACUUAUUUAUAGGUGUGAUUAGAUGGUGUACACUGUACACCCUUUGACAGAUGUGCAGCCGUCAUUAUUUUUUCUCCCAGCGGAAGACCCAAGUUGCAGCUGAAACUCUACAGGCUUUCCACUUUUGGUCUGGAAGAACUUUCGGAUUUGGUCGUAGGCAUCGCUGUUGUCUGAGCUUAAAAUCCUGGAACUGCAAGCGACUCACAUCAUUAUGGACGAUAUUCAAGAACGCCUGCUAAGCCAUCGCUACUAUAACACGAAGGUGGAGUAUGCUUCUGUGGUUGUGGAUUAUUUAAUUCACACUCUAGGAAGAGAUUCUGAAACGCUGCGGAAACUAGCCAGUGUUCUUGAUCUGGGUGGUGCGCAUAUGACGGAAUGCCUUCCUUUUGAUCCACAACCGAUUAUUAUCAGUGGGAAGAAACAUCCACCACAUGUGGCCGUGGUGCGGACGUUUCGCUGGUGGCAGGCCUCCAAGUUGUUUUCCUGGGUUACAUGUACGGUGGGGCCUGAAAGUGUUUGCAUCAAUCCGUUCCACUACAAAAAGAGGACACGUUUUCAAGACAUGCAAAAUGGAGACGGCGAGAUUGUCGACAGCAGCGCGAUAUUUCUGUGUAAUGGAUCUAUAGCUAGUCAGCCAAUUCCAAUGGACGCAUCUUCGCAGUCAGUGCAGGGGGAUCCGGUCUUUCAUUCAUUGCCACAGAGCUCUGAUUCCCAUAUUUCCUUGCCAACGGCGAAGCAGCAAGGCCUUAAAUGCUGGAUGCCGGGCUGUGAUGUUGACCUCAAGGAAUCUGUCGUGGAUGAGGAAAAUCCUCGGCACUAUUUCCGGUUUCCUCAAGAGAUAGUCCACUGUUCCAGCAGUGGGUUGCCGUCGGCGGCCACACGGCCGUUGAGCCCUUGGAAGGGGCCCGUAUCUGUCAUUUGCACUUUAGUGCACUUGAUCUCGUUUGGAGCACACGCGCUGGCGCCAGAUCCGGCCCGACCCCGGUGCACUUUGUCGGAGGGGGCUGUUCCCGUGCCGCAGGUGUUUUCGUGGAUGUAUGAUUCCGAAGCUCUUCCGGAAGCUUCACAGCCGUCCGUCAGAUUGUCAGUGCGAAAUGUUGCUGUGAGGCAAAUGUCGAAAACGGAUGACUCCAUGCAUGUGGACCUUUGCAGUUCGAAAGAGGACUGCAAUGUCGCAAUUAAAAAGGAGCCGUUCUCUUGCAGUGUGUGCCAGGAUGUGGGUGAUGAACCCUGCUGGACUCAUAUGAGGCAUGUGCAAGAUACACAUGUUCUUCCUCUGUCGUUAACCAGCUUGCCGAACAUAUUGGAGUUUGAUAAGGAGAACGCAGGAGUUGUCACGAAGUCUAUGAUUCUUCCGCAAACCAUGUUUGGCCCCUUCGUAGCCCCUUUAUCGCAUAAACAAUCCCAGUUUGUUGGUGGAAAUGAAGAAAACUUUCUUCAGCUCGACAGUGAUCACCAGUGUAACUGGAUGAAACACAUUCGAUUUGCUAUCAAGCCAGAAGAUCAGAAUUUAUCCGUGUGUCUGCGUGAGUCAGAUGUGUACUUUAUUGCCACAAAACUGAUUCCUCCGGGUAUGGAGCUGAAGGCUGGUUAUUCUGAAAAGUACUCUUGGACAUUGCAAAACGCCCGUAAAAGGAGAAAAUUGUGCGACAUUGCCUUGCAUUGCGACCUUGUUGAUAAUACCCAGGAUGUUUGUGAGACGUUCUGCUCCGAGAAUGACCAGAAUCUUGGAAAGACUUUGAAUUCAUGUACCCCUGAAGUAGAGGACAAUGGUCUUUCUGUACUGUCAACCGUAGAUAGACCUGAUUCUGUGCCUACGAUCUCGUCUAGAAUUUAUUGUCCCAAACCUUUUAAACAGCCCACGUUGACCAAUACUUUCAAGUAUCGCUGUCCAGAAUGUGAGCUGAAUUUCCGCAGUGAAGCGCUGCUUAAUCUGCAUGUUCUGGAUCACCAGGAUUAUGUUCAGGAACACGUCAGUAUGCAGUGUGUGGGCUGUGAAUAUGUCGGGCAGAAUUUUGCCGAUCUUAUCCAACAUGUUGGUCAACACGGUCUCACAUCAAAUGAAAUGGUCAGGCGGUAUAAAAUGCGAACGUGCCCCGUAUGCGGCGGAAAUGCUGUUCAUCCCAGGGAGCAUAUCCAGAUGUCUCAUCCGGACGUCUUUCGUGAUAUGGCGAGCACAUGGACUUUACAAUGUCAGACGUGUAAAGAAAAGUUUCCCACGGAAAAGGGUCUUCAUUUACACGAAAAGAGUGUUCACCAGAAAAGAACGAAUCGGGACUGUCGUAUCUGUCAGAAGGUGUUUGCCAGUUGGAUGGAAUUACGUGAUCACGUUCAAUGUCAUCGUGGAGCUGAGGGGUUUACAUGUGACGAAUGUGGAAAAACAUUUGAUGCGUAUGCUAAACUCAUUCGCCAUUUGCAGCAGAAGCACUGCCCGGAAGUUACCGGCAAAUUUAUAGGCAAAGACGCAUCAUUUUUGAAACUGGUACAAGAAUUUUUGGAACAGCAGACUGAGAAGGGAAUUUUGUAUAAUCGUUCCAAACAGCCCUCAGCGGAAAUACAAAUGUGGAGUGUGUGCGGUUGUAUUUCCCGGUCGUAA